AAAAAAGAAGAGGAAGCAGCUGAAAAUGACCCAGAAGACAACACCACAUUCAAUUAUAGCGGGCUCUUGGGGUUCCUCCAGGUUUGCAAGAUCAUGAUUGAUACAAGGUUUGCAAAAUCAUACGUGCGUCAUAAACACAUUAAUUUCAUCAAAGCUGUCAAAGAUGAUAUUGAGACGAAAUAUGAUUUCUUUGAAUGGUAUCUGGCAUUCUCAAAACCAAGGAUCAAUAAAGAGGAACCAGUCUACAUUCAUAGAGAUGUUGAAAAUUGCUACAAGAAAUAUUUUACACAGACAAGGCAGACUGUUGAGACGACCCUGAAAGAGAAAAAGAUGAAGUCUUUUGGAGGACUGCUUCAUUUCCUAAAAUCAGACAUCAAUGUGCUUAAAGAGCAUCAGAGUGCACUUAAAAAUCCACGAUCUGAUGAUGAAACCCAAACCGUUCUCUACAUCCUUGCCAACAUCAUCUUGAGUCAGUCAGGUGAUCCGUGUGAAAAAAUAGAAGAUCUUCAGGCCAGGUUACAGAAACUUUGGCUGAGAGAAAUGCAAGACAGAAGCCCAGAGUUUUACCUCUUGAUUCUUUUGCUCUUUUGGCCUGAUGAAGCACAGCCAGAAAUCACAAACCCGCCAAACCUUGAAAAGUGUCUCAGAAAAAUGCACCAUUCAUACAAGAGAAAGUAUCAGAAAUACCUCCGCGGUCGCUACCUGGUGCCUCUGUUCUUCUUUGGGAAAGAAAGAGGUUUGCAGAGAUUGGUUCACGCCUCAAAACUAGAUGGAACUGCUCUGGAGAUCCUCACUGAAGGACAUGAACAUGCAGACGUCGAAUGUCUUCAGCGUAUCAACGGGGAGGUCAAGAAUGACAGAGUGUUUGCUGUUAGAGAUGGACAACAGAUUCCAGUCACUCCUCACAAUCUGUCCAGUGUGUGCAAUCCAGGCCAGGUGUCUUUCUACCUGGGCUUCACCAUCAGAGGACCAGUCGCCUACAACAUCAGAUAUGAAGAGGACUAGAUCACAUGUGAACUGUGUGAUUUAACGCUGGAGCAGGUGACUGUGGGAUUCGAACGA